AUGGCCUCUUCUGCAACAGACCCACAGAUUCAAAACCCAAACCCAAGGUUUUGCCAAUGCUCCAAAGCCCAAAGGCAAACAGAAAGGGGGCGGGGGGAAGAACCACACGGAAAACCAAAGGGAAGGCUCCAAAUUCCGGCACGGGAAAAUCCAAGGCCCGGAAAAUAUAUAAAACCGGGGCGAGGGGGACACCAACGCCAACACCAACGGCGAGCCAGCCAGGCAGGCAGCAGCCGGGGAGAGCGAGCGAGCGAGCGAGCCAAGGGUUUUUGGGUCUCCUCGCCCGAGGAUCUCGACAACAUGGUGGAGGAGUACGACAAGCUGGCCGUCGCCAGCCCCAAGCUGCGGGUCUUCAUCUUCCCCGUCUCGGAGGCGGCCGCGCCCGGGGACGAGGGAGGCGAGGGCGCCGCCGGCUUCGACGCCGGCCUCAGGUACCUCGAGGCCGUCAACGGCAUUGUGCGCAAGGACAGCACCGCCAGCCUGUCGUCCACCCAGUGCUCCGACGGCGGGCCUCCCCCUCCUACCCCGGCCGUGCCUUCCUCUGGAGGAGGGGGAGGGGGAGGGGGAGGGGGCGGCGGCGGCGGCGGCGGCGGGGGCUCCCCGACUGCUGUCUCCCCCACCUCCACCUGCUCCUACGACGCCGCCAGAUCGGCUUUUGCUGCUCCGCCGCAACCUCAGCAGCUGCUUGUUGAUGUCUUCACCAAUGCUGCUCCCGCCCCUGUCCCGGUGAAGCCGCAGGAGAGUGCUGCGCCCCCUCAGCCAAGCCCCCAUCCACAUCCACACCCGCAUCCGCAUCCACAUCCGGAGGCAGCAAGGUACCGUCAGCCACUCUCACAGCUACCACCACUGCCACCAGUGUUCAUGAACGAUCAUAGAGAGGCUAUGCAGGGUCUGAAUCAGCAGCCACCAGAAAAUGCGACCUGGUUUCAGGACUGCAAUAUGUGUGUCAAGGCUCUGCCUCACGCCCACUCCGAUCCAGUCAUGAAUGACUAUGCCAACGAUGUGCGUGGAGGGGCGCCGGUUGAGCCAAUACCAGUGUUCAUGAGCCUGCGGCCUGAAGAUGUGGCAAGGAUCAUGAUGGGAGAGCGGCAAAUACCUUCUCAAAUGGGGGCUUAUGGGUACACACAUAUGCAUCCAGUGCAGCCUGACAGGGAAAGGAUGUAUGCACCAAAGAUGGAAGGCGUUGCAAACCCAAUGCCCGUCGAUCCAGCGAGCUUUCAUCAGCAUGUCUAUGUGCAGCAGCAGCACCAGCAGCAGCAAUUGCCACCGCAGCAGGUGCCGGCGACUUAUGGAUUUAACCAUAUCCCCAUGAUGCCUACUGAGAUGGUCUCUCCAAAUUCCGUUCAUUCUGAUAGCUCUCAUCAACAAGCUAUACUGCAUCAAAUGCCUUCACCCCAUGGAAUGGCUCAGUACCCAGUGAGGCAAACUAAUCCCAAUAAUCCGCUUGAAGGCGAAGGUAGUUUAAGUGGCAAUUCUAGGCAUCGGGAGGAUGGACAAGUGCUCCGUGAUAAUGUGCCUUCAGUGGCACCUGCUGCUGUGCCAACCUAUAUGGCCAAUGUGGACAGGAUGAUGGAUUCACUACGGGUAAACCCUAACGAGCCCCGCUAUCCCGAACAAAGGAUGUAUGCUGAGAAUGGUUUACCCCAGAAUGCAACGUCACAAUACUCUCAGAGCAACACCAACACCUUUUUUGAUGUCAGCGAGCCAAAGAUGGCCCAUCCAACUGAAUCAAUGCCACCGCCUUCGGUGGCCAGUCCUUAUAUGCAUAAUGUCCAGCAUGCCAACGUUAACCAUAUGCCGCCGCAAAUGGUGAGCAUUGGGGGACCAUACCCCAGUUAUGUUGCCGCUACUAUUGGGCAUGUGGGUGUGCCCCCAUCGGCUUAUGGUGUUGAUCCUGCGUAUACAAAAGCCACUAUUAACCCAAUGGGCGAGCAGAAGGAUGUUAUGCCUGAAGUUUAUCACAAGGAAGCUCCACAUGAAUCCAUUCCUCCUCCGAACGCUAAUGCUCAGGUACCACUACCGACACCAGCACUGACAAAUCAUGCUCCAGUCGAGCAACUCCAGGAGUCUGGUUUACCUGGUCAACAGUUCAGCAAUGUACAUGCGCUGCCACCAAGACCUAAGAGGGUAGCAAGCAGGGAGAACAUCAGCUCAAAGGAUCCCCAUUCCCAAAACUCUCUGUUGAAUUGCAAAGGGCCAGAUUUGAACAUCCCGGCUGAGGAGCAACCAUAUCACAAAGACACACAUGCAGAACAAGCUCAGUUUGUCAAAGGUGAUGGUAUCACUAAUCCAGACUUGCUGGGUAUGGAGGAUGGUCUAGCCGCAUUUGAGCCUCCACCUCCUGUGCUGAAUGAAGGGCUUGGGAAUGUCACUAAUAAAGUAGACGGGCAAGCUCACACCAAUGAGGUUAGCAAGGGCAAACCACUAGAUUGGGUUUCAGGACAACCAGUCACAGAUGAGCAUGGACGCCUUCAGAUUAUAAAGAAUGAUGACCUCGAAGAGCUCCAAGAACUCGGUUCUGGAACUUUUGGAACUGUAUAUCAUGGGAAAUGGAGGGGCUCUGAUGUUGCAAUAAAAAGAAUCAAUGACAGAUGUUUUGCUGGGAAGCCAUCUGAGCAAGAAAAAAUGCGGAAUGACUUCUGGAAUGAAGCAUCUAACCUUGCUGAUCUGCACCACCCCAAUGUUGUGGCCUUUUAUGGCGUUGUUCUAGAUGGGCCUGGGGGAUCCAUUGCAACGGUUACAGAAUACAUGGUUAAUGGCUCACUUAGGACGGCUUUGCUGAAGAAUUCCAAGAGCCUGGAUCGACGCAAACGGCUAAUUAUUGCCAUGGACACAGCUUUUGGAAUGGAGUAUCUGCAUAACAAAAACAUUGUGCACUUUGACCUCAAAAGUGACAAUUUACUUGUUAAUUUAAGGGAUCCUCAGCGUCCAAUAUGCAAGGUUGGUGAUCUUGGGCUUUCAAAAGUCAAGUGUCAGACGCUCAUCUCUGGUGGUGUGAGGGGAACGCUUCCAUGGAUGGCCCCAGAGCUUCUGAAUGGAAGCAGCAGCCUGGUCUCUGAAAAGGUUGAUGUCUUCUCCUUUGGGAUUGUCCUGUGGGAACUCCUCACAGGAGAGGAACCAUAUGCAGAUUUGCACUAUGGUGUUAUCAUUGGUGGCAUUGUGAGCAACACUCUGCGGCCGCAGGUGCCUGACUCAUGCGACCCGGAGUGGAGGUCGCUGAUGGAGCAAUGCUGGGCGACGGAACCGUCGGAACGGCCAAGCUUCACCCAGAUCGCCGUGAGGCUGCGUGCCAUGGCCGCGUCCCAGAAGGUGCAAUCCUAG